GGCACGGUCGGCCGGGUGGGCGGACGCGGUGCGGGCUUCUCUGCGCUGCACGCUGCGCACGGGCGCAGCUGCAGCCCUGAGCUGCCGUAGGUGGGCGAGCUGCCCUUUCUUAAUGAAAGACAGGAGGUAGGGGGCGGGUGGCACGGAGGGAUGCUCGACGUGGCUCCCAGUGGCUCCUCAGACCGGUCCCCCGCACCGCAGAGAAAUGACAGCCUUGAAAUGCCUCGUGGGGAUUUAAGUAAAAUGAAUGAAAAUAAACCUGAUGACUCACAAAAUCUUGCUUGUAUUUUCUGCCGAAAAAGUGAUGACUGUCCCAAUAAAUACGGAGAAAAGAAAACUUACGAGAAAUGGAAUUUCAGUGUCCAUUACUACUGUUUGUUAAUGUCAAGUGGAAUUUGGCAGAGAGGUAAAGAAGAAGAAGAAGUUUAUGGCUUCCUAGUAGAAGACAUCAAGAAGGAAGUCCAUAGAGCUUCUAAACUGAAGUGUGCAGUUUGCAAGAAAAAUGGUGCUUCAAUUGGAUGUGUUGUGCCCAGAUGUAAACGAAGUUACCACUUUCCCUGUGGACUUCAGAACGAAUGUAUUUUCCAGUUCACUGACAAUUUUGCGUCAUUUUGCUGGAAACAUCGGCCAGUUCAAGCAAUGACAUCCACUAUGUAUAGAGACUCUUUACCCUGUACCAUCUGUUUGGAGUUCAUUGAUCCUAUUCCUACUUACAGUGUCCUGCGAAGCCCCUGUUGUAAGAAUGCUUGGUUUCACAGAGACUGUUUACAGGUUCAAGCAUUAAGUGCAGGAGUGUUUUUCUUUAGGUGUACACUAUGCAAUAAUACCGACAUCUUUCAGAAAGAGAUGUUGAGAAUGGGAAUUCAUAUUCCUGAAAAAGAUGCAUCCUGGGAAUUAGAAGAAAAUGCCUAUGAAGAUCUGUUACAGAGCCAUAACCGCUGUGAUGUCCGAAGAUGUCAUUGCAAAAAGGGACGAGACUAUAAUGAACCUAAUAGCAAAUGGGAAGUAAAGCGCUGUCAGUGUUGUGGGUCUAGUGGAACACAUGUGGCCUGCUCCUCACUGCAGUUACUGGAACAAAACUGGGAGUGUUUGGACUGUAGAAGAAUCAGCUACAGUGCAGAUUUCCGAAAGGCCCUCAAACACCCAUUAGCCAACUCUACUAAUGUGACAGUUACUGAUUGCCUGUUGGAAGAGCCGGCAUCUAAGCUCCCCAGACAGUCAGCUGGAACCCAUCAUAAAGAAUUACAGAGACUAAAGCAAGAAGUUCCGUUUUUAAGCGCACAGUGUCCCUCUAUAAAAACGUCCUGUUUAACACCAAGGCAAGGCAGCAAGUUUAAGAGAGACAUUUCAACAAUAUUGGUAGAGUUAGGAUUCCAAAUUAAAAAGAAACCUAAGAGAUUAUGGAUCAACAAAGCCAAUGUGUGGAGGAGUGCCUUGGAGCAGUUCCAGGGUCAGAAGUUUAACCCUUCCUACACCAUUGAAGUAGUAUACGUUGAUGAAAACGAACAAUUUGGAAGAGAAUAUCCUGUAUCAAAGCAGGAAUUUCUGAGUCACUUAAUGGAACAUCUUGAGAAUUCAUCUGUGUUUGAAGGGUCUUUGUCAAAGAACUUGUCUCUCAAUUCUCAAGCUCUGAAAGAGAACCUUUACUAUGAAGCUGGCAAAAUGCUUGCCAUUUCCUUAGUUCAUGGUGGUCCUUCUCCUGGUUUCUUUUCUGAGACUUUGUUCAACUGUCUUGUUUAUGGGCCAGAAAAUACCCUACCAAUUUUAGAUGAUGUUUCAGACUUUGAAGUGACACAGAUUAUAUUCAAGAUAAAUGCUGCAGCCGAUAUGAACAGCUUAAAGUCAGCAAUAAACGAAUGCUAUAGCUACCUAGAGAAUAUUGGAUGCUUAAGACUUAUAACAACAUUCAGUGAUAAAUACGUGUUGGUAAAAGACAUCCUUUUCUACCAUGUUAUUAAGAGAGUCCAAGAACCCUUGAAGAGUUUUAAGCAGGGUCUGAAAAUACUUGGUGCUUUAGAGAAGAUUCAAGCUUACCCAGACGUAUUUCAUAAAAUCCUCUGUCGUAAACCUGAGAAUCUCUCUGCAAAAACCCUUAGUGAUCUUUUCACAGUCCGUGGAUUACCCAAUGGACAGACCUUGAGGUUCUGGAACAGUUACUUACAGGCUGUAGAGGAUGGUAAAUCUACAACUACAAUGAAAGACAUUCUUAUUUUUGCAACCGGCUGUAGUUCUGUUCCACCUGCUGGGUUUAAGCCCCUUCCUUCAAUUGAAUGUCUCCAUGUGGAUUUUCCUGUUGGAAACAAAUGUGAUCACUGCUUAGCUCUGCCAAUCACCAACACAUUUCAAGAGUUUCAAGAAAGUAUGGAUUUUGCCAUAAGAGACACUCUAAGACUAGAAAAGGAAGAAGGGUCUCGCUCACUUUCAUGGACAUAAAUGAAGAGAUGCUUCUUUAAAGGCUGCUAUUGAUAAAGUUAUUGCUAUUAAUCAUCGCUUUUGAACAUUCUGGCCAGCUUCUUGGCUCACUAAAAUUUAUGACUCUCUUAUAAAGGGAUGUUUUGGCUUCUGAACCACUGAAGGUUCGGUCAAGACAUUCUAGUAUCCAGUGAUAGCUUCCUAUUACUAGGCUUUCUUCAUAACUUCAAUAUGAAUGUUUUUCGAAUGGUUGUGCAAACUAUUCUGCUGUACAGGUGCUCAGCUAUAUUAGCAUGACAUAAGAAAAACCUGUUCCCUUGCUUUUUCAAUUAGGAUUUACCUUUAUAGAAUGACACAACUUUUGGAGUUUUCGUUUUUUUUUGUAUGUUUCGUUUGUUUUAUGUUGUUUGUUUUUCUCUAUGUUGUCUGGUUUUCCUGGAAUUGAUUAUGUAGAAAGGCUGUCAUAUUUCUCUAUUUUAAAGCAUUAAGUAGAAAAGUUAGAAAGUCAUCUCAUAUAUCAGAGCUAUAGAUAUGCUUUUCUAGGGUUUAAGUUUUAAAUGUUUCUGUAUUAUUUUGUAUUUUGUGAACAAUACAACAAAUAAGGACUCAUUGAAGGUCCUAUAUAAGGAGCAGAGCUAGACAAAUAACUCUGGAGUCUAUGGGUGCUCCAUAGGCUUCCAAGCACUGCUGCUGGCUCUUCAGUUGUACUUCUGAGUACGUUAGGAUGUACGUCUCAUUCCGUAUGUCUCUUGACUGUCAGGUUUGGCUAGAUUGCAGCUAUUUAUUAUCAAGACUGCCCUAUGACUGGUAAGAUCUCACCACAGCAUUCCAUAGUUAACCUUUGCUUUCAAAAGAUACAUUGUAUAAGCAAUGAAUAAAUUAUAAUUUAAAACUUCAAAUAGUUAAAAAAACACUCUAAUUUUGCCACAUAGAUAUAAGUAAUGUAUUUUGUAUAUUCUUUAUAAACUAUUUAUUUUUCAAUCUUUUAUUGCUUUGCGGUAGGGUCUGUCUAUAGAGCCCCACCUGUUAUAAAUUUGCAAUCCUCAUGCCUUAGUCACUUGGUUGUUGGGGUCAUGAUGUACACCAAUGUCCCCAGCAGUGGUUAUCUUUUGAUUGUAUGAAUCUGCCACGAGCAACAGGGAAUCAUGUUCUUAAUCAGUUCAAGGUAUAGAUAGUCUCUAGCAAGGUAUCAUGGCACAUACCUGUAAUCCAUGCUCUGGGGGUGCUGAGGCAGGAGGAUCAGGAGUGACAGAGCAAGGUCAAGAGCGUUCUUGGCUACAUGAAACCCUGCCUUGACAAACAGCUAAGCAGAGUUCUUGGCUACAGGAAACCCUGCCUUGACAAACAGCUAAGCAGAGGAGCCCCUCCUAGUACCACCUUUAUAGCUGUGGCUUUGCAAAUCUAGUGCCUGGAUCUGUUAGCGAGGAUAGGGAAGACAAAGCCCCAAGUUUCAGUCCGAAAAAUCAUGGGAGGUUAAGAAAAGAAAUCAAAUUUUUCUUGAUACACAUAGCAGGUGUCUGCUCUUCGUCAUGUACUGUUAACCCCGGGAAACACCUUAAAUAAUAGGAUCUUAAUGCCAAAGGAAAAAACCCAAAUGUAAUCACUGUGUCAUUUUUGUUUGUUGCUUCAGUACCCUUCAAGUUGUACUUAACAGAACUAAUAAAGUUCCUUUCUUUUUUUUAAACAAGCAUUUAGUCUUAAGGCAUUUCUUUAUUUUGUGUUACAUUUUGCUAGAUUUUCAAAAGUAAUUUAGUGAUCCAUCAUCAAUUCAAACCUCAUCUCAGCAGGCAGCUUUCAUUCCAGCUGUGUUGAUUGAUAAAUGGGAUCUUUACAUCUUAACCUACUUAGUUCUCAUGAUGUUUUUAAGACUGUAAAAUCCAUGUAACUUAAAUGCUAUUUUCUGACUUGUAGUUUGAGUUAAUAUUUUUCCUAGGAGAGUAACGAGGCUAGCAGCCCUCAUACAGUGUUGUGUUGGGGUAUGGAGGUAUACUGUACUGAGAUAGUUUGGGCUGCCUACAAGUAAAAGUAGUGUUUUGCUUCCGUAAGUGUGGUCUUAGUUGUGAGAUGGUAUCAUUAACAAAAGGAUAUUUAUUUCCAAAGGUAUUCUAGUUAGUGUGGUCUGUAGGUUAAUCUUUACACUUGAGGCUUAUCAGAGAAACUUCAGUGUUACUGUAUUGUGCUUAUAGCAUGUUUUAUAGCUUAGUUCUUACACUGAAUUUUUAAAUACAUAGUUUCAACAUUAUGAAGCAACAGUUUUUUGUUUUAGUUAAGUAAAAAGAGUGCACUAUCAUGGUCUCUAUUAUCUAUGUUUCCCCCUAUUUAAUUAUAUUGGAAGCUUUAGGAACCUGUACAUUUAAUGUUGAAAUGCUAUAUAAAGGGACAUAAAAUGGUAGGCUUUCCCAGUGACUUUGCUUUAGCAUUCGGUCAUGUUAAAAUAGUAAUACCUAGAGUCUGUUGAUAAACAUUACCAUUAUGUCAUUGUUACAAAUUAAUGUGCUUCAGAUAAUGCAGUAAAGCAUGAAACACUUAAUCUUGAGUUACUUGAAUGUAUAUUAUCUAUAACCUAGAAAUUGUAUAGCCCCUGAAAGAGACCCAAUUUUUAGUUAUGUUUUUGACCAUUUUCAAAUAUCCAAAUAUACUCAUACCUACUGCACACCAGAUAACUGUACUGAGAUAGUUUAUACAUCUGUCUAUUUAAAAUAUAACCAAAUCACAUUGUGCUGAGGAUGCAGCCCAGUGGCAGAGUGGUGUUCUUGGCAGCCUGUGUUAAGACCUUGGGUUUCAAAAAAAAAAAAAAAAAAAAAAGGAACUGUUGAGUCAUUAAAAAAAAAAAAAGACCUUGGGUUUCAUCCAUAGUGUCACUAAGAUUUUAAGAAAAAAGCAUACAAUAAAGUUUCUAAAUGUUUUUGUGCCACCAAAUGUGAAGUGCCCAUAAAUGAAGACUUCCUGGGAUCUACCUCGGGGUUACUAUUGCGAUAAUGAAACACCAUGACCAAGCAGCUGGCGAGGACGGGGCUUAUUUUGCUUACACUAACAUGUUUCUCAUGGAUGGAAGUCAAGGCAGGAACCUGGAGGCAGGAGCGGAUUCAGAGGCCAUGGGUAGGUGCUGCUUUCCAGCUUGCUCUCCAUGAUUUGCCAUUUGCUUUCUCACAGAACCUAAGACCUCCAGCCCAGGGGUGGCAGCAAGCACAAAGGGCUCUGUUGCAGGAGCUCCUGCAAUAGCGCUCGGCCCUCACCAACCAAUCACUCAUUAAGAUGUCCUGCAGGCCUGCCCACUGCCUGGUCUCAUGGAGCUUGUUCUCAAUUGGGAGUCCUUUCCUUGGAUGUCUCCAGCUGUGUCAAGAAUCAAAUAAGUAGUCAACUCUCUUUUAUAAUUCAUUUCUCAUUUUUCUUUUUUUCUGGUUUUCCAAGACAGGGUUUCUCUGUAUAUCUUUGGAACCUGUCCUGGAACUCACUAUCCUUGAAAUCACAGAGAUCCGCUUGCCUCUGCCUCCCCAGAGGAUUAAAGGCGUAUGUCACCACUGCCCAGCUCAUUUUUCUUUUUUAUUAGCAUAUAAUAAUUGUACAAAGCAAUGUUUAUCAUGACAUAUCUAUACAUGUAUGUAAUAAACUUGGGUCACUUUUUUUCCCUUACUGCCUCAUACUUGACCCCAUCCCCUUCUCUCACUAGUCUCUUAACCUAAUAGUCCACUUACAAGGUUAAUCUUAUUAAGUGGGUAAAAUCCAAGAUCUUUUAUUUUUCAAGCUUGAGAGAUCUUGGAACUCCUAAGAAAUGAAUUGGUUUGGGCUAUUCUAUGAUAAAACUAUCACCUAAUGUUUAAUUAUUUAAGCCAAAAAAAUUGGAGUCAGAUAUAUACAGUUAGUAAAUUAACACUCUGAAACCAUAGUUUUUACACUGUAAUCACGUGAGAUAAGUUUAAAACCAAGAUAAGAUAUUCGUAUUAGCUUUGCAAGGAUUUUUUUUUAUAUAGCUUCUCUUCUGUGGGGUGUAAGUUGCUAUCAGUUCAUUCCCCCACUACACUACAGAAACACUAUGAAUGUUAGCAAUGUCUUAGUGUUUUAUGUUAAUGUGCCUGAUAGUCUUGGAAGGAGUUUGUGGUGGAAGUUAAAUGAUUAAAUUGUAAAUUUGUAUUUAAAAGUGGGAUUGCUCAUGUGACUAAAAUUGAACUCACUGGAAGGUGGAAAAGCCAUUAUGCUUCAUAGUUCAUGGAUACUAGAAUCCAGAAUACUUCCCUCAAGGCAGAAACUGUUAAUUUUACAUUACAAGCUAGGUUGUUGGAGAUCCCUUUAAAAUAUUAGUGAUGGGAGGCUGGAGAGAUGGCUCAGCGGUUAAGAGGACUGACUCUUCUUCCAGAGGUCCUGAGUUCAAUUCCCAGCAACCACAUGGUGGCUCACAGCCAUCUACAAUGAGAUCUGGUGCCCUCUUCAGGAGUGCAGGUACACAUGCAGGCCGAGUAUUGUAUUCACAAUAAAUAAAUAAAUCUAAAACCCCAGUAAACAUUCUAUUUGAUUUCUUAAUACAUGUGUCAGCCAUAAAAUAAAAGAUAAUGUAAUUUUUGCAGAAUCCUGAUUCUAGGUUAAGGUAUUUCCUGGUAGAUUAAAAUAUAAAAUAGCCUGUUUUCAUCCUACAAAAUUAAAUCUUUCUUUCGAGUGGAGUGCAUGUUUUUGUUGUAAAAUGUAAUCUUGACUUUAAAAAAAUAGGAAAAAAUUUACUUAUAAGUAAUCUUGAAGGCCAAAUUAUUGAAGGUUUGAUUUUUAUCUCAAUCUGAUUGUUCAGAAUUAACCCUUAAUGAAAUGU